AUGGCACCGUCGCUCAACACCAUCUUGCCUCACGAUAUCGGCAACAGGGCCGUACCAAACCGCUGGCAGAAUGUGGCAGCACUGGCCGCUACAGCAGCCGUCCUGUUCGUCGUCUGGCGCCUCUGCAUUGUCGUCUACCGGUUGACAUUCCACCCCCUUGCAAAAUAUCCCGGGCCCAAGCUCUACGCCGCUACCAACCUCGUGGACUUGCACCGAAAGUACGGGCCGAUCGUGCGCGUCGCGCCCAAUCACCUCGCUGUCGACGGAUCUAUCGGGUGGCCACAGAUCUAUCAGCACCGCCCCGGUAAGGCUGAGUGGGGCAAGCAGCCCGACUUCUUCUUCCCUGGUGAUAACAAGAGCCUCAUUGGCGGCGACCAUGAGAACCACAGGCGGCUGCGACGCCAGCUCAACCACGCCUUCAGCACCGAGAGCAUGUACGAACAAGAGCCCAUCGUGCAGCAGUACAUAGAGCUACUCCUCACUCAGCUGAGCAAGAAGGCCGCCGCCGGAGAGGUGUUCGACAUCGUUCCAUGGUUUAACUUCAUGACGUUCGAUAUCAUCGGCGACCUGACCUUCGCCGACACAUUCCACAACCUCGAUGGCGGCGAAUACCACCCAUGGGUUCUUGGAUCCUUCAAGGCCGUCCUCGGCGCCGGUAUCAAUCGCUUCACAAAACACUACCCCCUACUGCGCCUGGCGUUCAAGUCUCUGGGCAGCUCGGCUGAAAAUGUCAAGACGGAGCUCCAGAACCGCGAGCUCGCCAACGCAAAGGCCAUGGCCCGCAAGGCCCAGGGCGAGAGCCCUGGAGGAAGGAGGGACUUCAUGACGUACAUGCUCAAGAAGACGCGCGACGGACAGCCCGGUUUUGACGACUUCGACAUCCGCCUGAACUCGCCCACCAUCAUAACAGCUGGCAGCGAGACGACAGCCACUACCCUGGCGGGCUUCACUUUCCACCUCGGGCUGAAGGCGAACCGCCCCGUGUACGAUCUUCUUGCCGGUGAGAUCCGCGCUGCCUUCCAAAGCGAGUCUCAGAUCGAUAUCAAGUCUACCGCCCGCCUGCCCUACCUCACAGCCACCAUCGAGGAGACUUUGAGGAUGUACCCGCCCGCAGCCCAGACACCACCACGGGUUAGUCCCGGGGCGGAACUCAAUGGGGAGCACAUUCCCAAGGGGACCGUCACCACCAUCUUCCAGCUUGCAACCUACCGCAACCCCGAUAACUUCUACGAUCCGGAUAACAUGCGCCCGGAGCGAUGGCUCCCCUCUAACCACAAGCUAUACAACCCAGUCUUUGCCAACGACAACAAGGCAUCUUUCCACCCUUUCAGCUUUGGAGUACGGGACUGCCUGGGCAAGAACCUGGCCUACUCAGAGUUGAGGGUCGCCAUCGCGCGGUUCCUAUUCCGAUUCGAUUUCGAGCUAGCACCGGGCGAGGAAACUUGGAUGGAUAGGAGCCAAGUGCUCGUUAUCUGGGAGAAGCCCCCACUGAUGGUGAAACUCACCGAGAGGAAGUUGGUACCAGUAGAGUGA